AUGGCAGAGGGAGUCUUCCGCAAUGUCGCCCAGUCCCACGAUGUGAUCGGCCAGAUCGAUUCCGCAGGCACAGCUGCCUACCACGCCGGCGAAAGCCCCGAUAGUCGCACAAUGGCCACCCUGCGCCGCCACGGGAUCACAAAUUACAAGCACGCUGCUCGCAAGGUCACCAAGGAUGACUUUUUGAAAUUUGACUAUCUCCUGGGAAUGGACCAGUCCAAUCUGCAGGAUUUGCUUGAUAUGCGGGACUCCGUCGUCGCGGGCCUGCGACGCAAAGCGAGCACACCCGGCGACGAUGUGCGAGUCGCGGAGGUUCGACUCUUUGGUGAUUUCGGCAGAGGUGGGAAAUUGCAUGCCCGUGUCGGGGGAGGGGAAGUGGUUGAGGAUCCCUACUAUGGCGGCGCCAAUGGGUUUGAAGAGGUCUACAAGCAAGUUGUGCGAUUCUCCGAAAGCUUCGUCGAUCACCUCGAGAGUCAGAAGCAGUAG